UUGCAAAAUGAUCCAUCAGCACAAAUAUUUUCCGAACAACUAUUGGAUAUUGGGAACGGUAAAAUAGAACUGCAACCAAAUACGCAAUGCAUUAAACUACCAGACAAUUUUUGCACUGUUGUUCAGGAUAAAAAUGAAUUGAUUCAGAGUAUUUUCCCAGAUAUACAGAAUAAUUAUUUGAAUCAUGAAUGGCUUAGUCAACGGGCGAUUUUGGUAGCCAAAAACGUUGAUGUUGACGAAAUUAACUUCCAGAUACAACAGUUGUUACCAGGCGAUCUGAUGUCUUUUAAAUCAAUCGAUACUGUUGUUGAUGAAAAUGAAAGUGUAAAUUUUUCAAUUGAAUUUUUAAAUUCAUUAGAUAUCCCUGGAAUGCCACCACAUAAUCUUCGAUUAAAGAUUGGUUCCCCUAUUAUUCUCCUCCGUAAUUUAAAUCCACCUCAAUUAUGUAACGGUACGCGUUUGGUCAUCAAAAAGAUCACCGGAAACAUUCUUGAAGCAACCAUUUUGUCUGGGAAGUUUAAAGGAAAAGUGGUCCUGCUGCCACGUAUUCCGAUGAUACCAUCAGAUUCUACCAUACCCUUCAAAAGGCUACAGUUUCCAAUUCGUUUAGCUUUCGCCAUGUCUAUAAAUAAAUCUCAAGGUCAAACAAUGUCCAUUUGUGGUUUAGAUUUGGAAAAUCCAUGUUUUUCUCAUGGGCAACUAUAUAUUGCGUGUUCACGUGUUGGGAAACCGUCGAAUCUAUUUGUGUUAGCUAAAGACAGGUUAACCAAAAACAUUGUGCACCGAUGGGUGUUAAAUUAAAUUGAAAUUGAAAGUAUUUAUAAUUCAAAAAAAUAGAUAUUAAUGUUUAAAAGUUUAAGACUGUCUGCCUUGCCUAUCUCAUUCAUGAGUUUAAGCGUCACAUGUUAUUUACUGUAUUAUACUGUAAUAUACUUAUAUUUGUUAUAAAAUUAAAUAUAUACCAACAUAUUUUAUGUAUACCAACAUCAACAUUUUCGUCUUUGUUAGUAAAUAAUUUAACUGUACUAAAGGGUAUAUAGAAGUAGAAAGUCAAAUAAGGAGAUCACCAUAUUUUUUUACAAAUACUCUGUGUGAAAAAGCAUAGUGGACUCCGUGACUGAUGUUCUCUUAUUGUUCCUCUUAAUGUAAUAUAACAAAAACUUUAGCCACAGCAACACGUGGCCGGGUCAGCUAUUAUACUAUUAAUAAAAUAAAAAUAUUAUUAUAAACGUAUAUAUAAACGCACGUAGGUAGGCGUUAUAUAUAUUAUUAUAAAAUAAUAGUAAUUAAAUAAACUAUUCAAUGAAAAUGUCUAAGUUUUGAACACCGUUAAACCGAAUAGUAAAUAACAAAUUAAUCAAAAUUCGAAUCAUAUUAUAUAGAAUUUGCACUUUUAACGGGCAACGAAGUGCACGGGGUCAGCUAGUAUAUAUUAUAAUCCAUAAUUAUUGUUGACUAAUGCGCUGUGUUAUGCUAUAACCGGCUACAUUUAAUAUUGAUAAUAUUAUAAAUUAUUGAUUGACUGACUGAUAAACGAACAAUGAUAGGUUUGCAACUCUCACGGUACAUUCGUACCACAAAUUUAUAGUGUGCAAUAAGAAAAGUCGGCUUUUCACAAAAAUUUGCAUUUUAAAGUGGUGCUCGUACAAUUUUUUCGAUAUUCAAAAUGGUCGAUGAAAAUGUCGAAAUGUCGAACACCGCGCGGUCAAACCGAAUAUUAAUAUAAUAAAAAAUCAAUGUAAGUUCGAAGCGUAUUAUAGAAUAUUGGCAUUUUUAACGGAAAACGAAGUGCUGCACACAAUAGCCAUGCAUCACAGACUUAAAAAACAGAUACGAGCUUUGUGCGAACGACUCAUCUCACCGGUUUUGCCGACACGACUUUUCUCGUUAUUUUUUGUACAUACGACAGGGUCCGGGAAGUCGCAGUUCGUCGUUGGUAAAUUCGGCGAACCUCCGACUGUGCACGUCUCAGGGUCCUUUUCCACGAGCGUUUUUAAAAUGUGCGUGUAGCUAAAGGCUCACGCGCGUAGAGGCAAGACCUCGCGUUUAAAUGGGUACGCUUGUAUUUCUUCCAAUGCAUUUCAUAAACGCGCGUCUAAACUCACACGCGUUCGCCCGCUUAAAAACGCUCGUGGAAAAGGACCCUCAUGGCUUCUUUCCCGUGUGCGUUCGACGGAGUGUCGUUAGACGACUUUGUGAACGAAUAGCCACGAUCGUUUGUUCGUUCGUAGCCAGUAGCCAGGUGAUUCACCAACAAACUCACACAGGAGAGAAGAUCUCCACAAAAUUCGCACGAGUAAGGCUUCUCUCCCGCGUGAGUUUGUUGAUGAAUCACCGGACUACUGGCUUGAGCGAACUAUUCGCCAAAAACGGCCUCACACUGGUAUGGCUUCUUUUCCGAGUUCGACUGUGUGCCGUUAGACGACUAUAAUAUUGACAGUGAACGAUUUGCCACAAACGUCACACAUGGUCCUUUUGCCGUGUACUUGCGACGGUAUACUGUUAAGUGUGCCGUUCUGUGUGAACGAUUUAUCACACAUAUCACUCUGGUAUGGCUUGUAUCCUGUUUAGUUCUAUACCGCAUAUUAUCUUGCCAUCGAUUUUCGGGUACUGCUAUACAAUACGUACACUGAUUUUAAUGUUUUACGUUAUAAGCAAUUUAUGUUUUUUUUUUCAGAUUACUACUUCUAAUAUUAUACUAUUCUAGUAUAGGUAUUCUGUUUGUUAUAACUUAUUGACA